CAAAUUUCUCUAACGCUAAUUUUCGGCUUACACACAUAUAAAUUAUGCAUAUACAUCGACCUCUUAUUCGUUUCCUCGGUAAAAAUCGUUUUAUAAAACCUCAAACACCUAAAAACCACAUUCCUGAUACAUCUAAAGAACUAUCAAUUAACAUUAGCUCACUUCCUAUACAUUUUCAUCGACGUCUUCUAACUCCUGAGGAAAUCGAAGCCAUUACAUCUGGCGGAGCCACUACACGGCAUUACAAGUGA